AUGCAACAAACUCCGUUGUUUCUUUUUAAAUUUGUCUCAACCACAAAUAUAACCGUAUGGAAAAUACUGGCUUCCUCCUCCCUCUUGUGGUGUUACUCAACUUUGUGGCUGCUUUCUCGGCAGAAUCACCCAAUAUCACCACUGACCAAUUGGCUCUUGUUGCAUUAAAAGCCCAUGUCACUCAUGACCCUCAAAACAUAUUGGCAACCAACUGGUCUACUACUACCUCCGUUUGCAAUUGGAUUGGUGUCACUUGCAGAUCCGAUCAUCAAAGAGUCGUCACUCUUAAUCUUUCUGACAUGGGUCUUGUAGGCACCAUCCCACCUCACUUGGGAAAUCUCUCUUUUCUUACUCAGCUUAACAUCCGAAACAACAAUUUUCAAGGCUCGUUACCCAUGCAGUUGGCUAAUUUGUCUUCCUUGCAAUAUAUAAACUUCGGUAACAACAACUUCGUUGGGGAAAUCCCAUCAUGGUUUGAUUCCUUCACUCAACUUCAGAGAUUGUCUCUGUACAGUAACAACUUCUCUGGUAUUAUCCCAUCUUCUUUGGGUUCUUUGUCAAAGCUUAAGGAGUUGUUCCUAUAUGACAAUGAUUUGAAAGGGCAGAUUCCUGUAACCAUCGGAAAUCUUUCUAAGUUGAAAUUGUUGGACUUGCGACAGAAUCAGCUUUCAGGUAAAAUUCCAACCAGUUUAUUCAAGUGCCAAGAGUUAGAAGAUUUAAUUUUAUCUAACAAUGCCUUGGAGGGAAGUGUGCCUCAAGAAAUCGGAAAUUUGACUAAAGUAAACAACUUGUUCUUCAGUUCAAACAACUUAACAGGUGAAAUUCCAUCAACUGUUGGAAACUUGACUUCUAUUAAGCACCUUGAGUUUUGGGGUAACCACUUGACAGGUCAUCUUCCAUCGACUAUGUUUGAUCACCUUUCGAAAUUGCAAAGUUUGGAUUUUCAUAACAACAAUCUAUUUGGUAGAAUUCCAACCAAUAUAUUCAAGUGCCAAGAGUUAGAAUUUUUAUCUUUAGGUUGGAAUGACUUGGAGGGAAGUUUGCCUCAAGAAAUUGGGAAUUUGACUAAAUUAAUCCACUUGCAUCUCGACAUGAACAACCUAACAGGUGUAAUUCCAUCAACUACUAGAGGCUUGACUUCUCUUGGAGCCCUUCACAUACAGUCUAACAAUUUCACAGGACCGCUUCCAACUCUACCACCUUCAUUACUUUGGUUCCGCGCAUCAGAGAAUCAGUUAGUUGGAGAAUUCCCUUCCUCAAUAUGCAAUUUGAGCUCCCUUCAAUUUCUCGACUUAGCUAUGAAUAAUUUGGGCGGAAUUAUUCCAGAAUGUUUUGGAAAUUUAACUUCCUCUCUUUUACAGAUGAAUCUAUUUAUGAAUAACUUUCAUGGAAAAUUAUCAAGAACUUUGUUUCCUAAAAGUUGUUCGUUGAUAAGUUUUCGCAUCAACAACAACCAGCUUGAAGGGCCAAUACCACAAUCCUUGGUUAACUGCAAGGACUUGGCACUUCUAGAUUUGGGGAACAACAACUUAAGUGGCACCUUUCCUAGUUGGUUAGGUAAAUUGAAUCUACAAGUUCUCGGCUUAAGAUUCAAUAGAUUCCAUGGUCACAUUGUCAAUUCUGAAGUUGCAUCUUCCUUCCCUCAUUUGCGGAUCAUUGAUCUCUCUCACAAUGAGUUCAGCGGUUGCUUACCACCAAAACUUUUAGAAAGUUUGAAUGCUACAAGCAAUGGGUAUGAAAAGAAAGGUGAAGUAGAGUUCAUGAGAACUGGUAGCACUUACGGUUUCUCUGUGUAUUAUGAUGAAUCUUUCUAUAUUACAAUAAAAGGGUUGGAGAUAGAGUACGCGAGAAUCUUAACCUCUUUGAUGGUUGUUGACUUCUCAAAUAAUCAAUUCAGUGGACAUAUUCCUGAAAUAAUUGGAAAACUUCAAUCACUUAUAGUCCUCAACCUUUCUCACAAUAGUUUCACAGGUCCUAUCCCGUCAUCCUUAAGUAAUUUGUCUAAGCGUUAUUAA